AAUCAUAAUAUCAGGUGUGCUUAUAACUUAGUUUAAGUAAUAGAUAUUUCUGUUAUCUUGAAUACAGUAAUUACUGUUGCUUUGCAGUUGGUGUUCUUUCCCGUCUGAAGCAACCCGAUGGUACCAUUCUUGGGGUAGAAACAAGGUCAUAGAUUACUUUGCAGUGGCUGUUUGUACAUGAUUGCAGCUUCUCAUGUGGCUUUCUUGUUUUAAAUGUGAUCUAUGAGAACUGUAUUCAUUAUGCACAUUGUGGCUGUUAUCUAAAUUUGGCUUUGUCUGAGAUAUUAAUUUUUCCCUGUGCAUGAUCAUGAAUAUUUGAUGGUUGAACUGCUUAGAAAUUAAUAGUUUAAUAACACAUACAUUAGAAAAUAAUGCAAUUCCACUACUUUAAACAAAUGGUCUGGCUGAGUGCCGACAUAUUUGAAGAAUAAAUAUGGCAAGGAGAUACUAUUUUCUCUUACUUAUAUUCUAGUUCACUUUAUAAAGGUAAAGGUUUCCGUGUCCAGUCAUGUCCGAUUUUAGAGCACAGACUUCAUCUCCAUUUCUUGGCCGAGGGAGCCAGUGUUGUUGAAGACAUUUUCCAUGGUCAUGUGACCAGCAUGGCUAUACCCCAAAGACGCACAGAACACUUCCUACCUAUUAAUCUACUUGGAUUUGCAUGCUUUCAAAUUGCUAGGUGGGCAGGAACAGGAGGUCACUCUAUUGCGCAGCACUUGGAUCUUUUAUAUGGGAUCCUAAUAAUUCCAUUAAUUAGCAGUAGAGAUCUUAAUGCACACAGGGACUCCUUCCCCAUCCAAACCAAAAUUAUUCUGGCAUUUCAUGUAUGAUAUGCCUAGUUUACUUUAUUUUCAGUCAUAAUAGUUAUGACUGAAUGAAGAAUUUUUUUCCAGGAUGAAAUACUAGCCUUUAUUUCUUAGAACAUUUGAUCCCAAAUGUAUUCAGAGACAUUACUGGGAAGUAAAAGCAAUAGACAGCUGGAAACAACUGCUUCAUUUUGAAGUUUGAUGGAUAACCCAAAUUGAAAUGGCACAAAUAACAUCAUUUGUAUUGUUCUAUAAGAAUGGAGACAUAGCCAUGACAUCAUGAUAGCCUUAGGAGAAUUGAGAGUGACUCAGUGUAGUGGGAAGAGGUUAAAAAAUGGCCAGAAGUGGUCUGGAGAUGAGAAAGGAUGGAAGAAGGCUUGAAUUGGAAAUGUGACCAAGCAACAAAAAGGAUAAGGAGGUAACAUAAUCCAUGGGUAAAGUUGGGAAAAUGUGGAACAGCUUCAAGUACAGAUGCCAAAGUCUCUUUAAUCCUGAAGGUGGAAAUAGAAAUGAAAAUGUAGACAUAAAUUCCAAUAGUGCAUCUGUUAGAGAUAAAAGUGUUUGUGUGCCUGGUCCAACUCAGCAGCAACCAAGCAGUCCUUUGCAACUGAAUCUAAAUACUUCAAAAGGCUUUUCGAGAAAGAAUCAAAACUGUGCCACAGAAAUCCCACAGAUUGUUGAAAUAAGCAUUGAGAAAGAAAUUGACUUGAAUGUUGCCUCAGGAGCUAAAUUUGCACGAAGGGAUUCCUACUCAAGGCAUGCUCCAUGGGGUGGGAAAAAGAAACAUUCCUGCUCUACAAAAACUCAGAGCUCAUUGGAAAGUGAUACAAGAUUUGGCUGUUCUCACUUGCAAAGGAGGGAAAGAAGAUAUGGUGUGAGCUCAGUUAACGAUACAGAUAGCAUCUCAAGCAGAACCAUAGGAAAUCGUUCUCUGAGGCAAAGAUUGCAGGAAACUGUGGGCUUAUGUUUCCCUAUGAGAACUUACUGCAAACAAUCUAAGCCUCUUUUUUCUAACAAAAGGAAGAUCCAUCUUUCUGAACUAAUGUUAGAAAAAUGUCCUUUUCCUGCUGGAUCAGAUCUGGCCCAAAAGUGGCAUUUAAUUAAGCAGCACACCGCUCCAGUGAGCCCACAUUCUGCUAUUUUUGAUGCAUUUGACUCCUCCUUGGCUUCUACAGAAGAUGAGGAAGAUAGGCUGAGAGAGAGACGAAGGCUCAGUAUAGAAGAAGGUGUGGAUCCUCCUCCCAAUGCCCAGAUACAUACUUUUGAAGCUACUGCACAGGUUAAUCCAUUAUAUAAAUUAGGGCCAAAGCUGCCCCCUGGCAUGUCUGAACUGAUGGGAGACUGCAAUUCAACAACACAAGGAAGUUGUGAUUUGGAGGAAGACACAACUACUCUCUGCUUGCAGUCACGUAGACAAAAGCAGCGCCAAAUAUCUGGUGAGAGCCAUAGCCACAUCAGCAGGCAAGGAGCUUGGAAAGUACAUACUCAGAUUGAUUAUAUUCACUGCCUAGUGCCAGACUUACUUCAGAUUACCAGUAAUCCCUGCUACUGGGGUGUGAUGGACCGUUAUGAAGCAGAAGCACUUCUAGAAGGAAAACCUGAAGGCACUUUUUUGCUCAGGGACUCUGCUCAAGAAGACUACCUCUUCUCUGUGAGCUUCCGCCGUUACAACCGCUCUUUACAUGCACGCAUCGAGCAGUGGAAUCACAACUUCAGUUUUGAUGCUCAUGAUCCCUGUGUGUUUCACUCCUCUACUGUUACAGGGCUUCUGGAACAUUACAAAGAUCCAAUUUCUUGCAUGUUUUUUGAACCGCUACUUACAGUUUCUCUAAAUAGGACUUUUCCUUUCAGCUUGCAAUAUAUCUGCCGGGCAGUAAUUUGCAGGUACACUUCAUAUGAUGGGAUUGAUUGUCUUCCUUUGCCAACAAUGUUGCAGGACUUUCUGAAGGAAUAUCAUUAUAAGCAAAAGGUUAGAGUACGAUGGUUGGAGCGGGAACCAAUUAAGGCAAAGUGAACAGAGUUUAGAAUCCCUAGUAAACUCACAUUGUGAUUUUUUUGUGUAUGUGUUAUAGUAUACCACGUUAAGCACAUCAGUGUUCAGCUUUUAAUGUACUUUGAGCUUAUUGUGUUUAUGAUGCUGCCUCCAGUUAGUUGUGAAUAACUCUUGAAACAUGAACAGAACACAAAAUCACAUUUUUCAUCAAUUUUAUUUUGCCAGUUACAAAAUAUGUCUACUUUCUAUUACAAUAUUAAUAUAAGACAGCUAUUGGGCAUUAACUUUUAAAUUCUAUUCAGUUUCAUAAUUCACAAUAAAGUAGCUUGCUAGCUUUUUUUCUUCUUGAUUAAUAUGAGCACUUAGAUACCAAAAAUUGAUUCCAUGUAACUGCAUUCUCAAUGAAAAAAUAUUACUUUUCAUACUUCACUAUCUCCUAUGCCACUUUUUAUAUCAAAACUGUUUUAAGAGGAAAAAUCAUAAGUAACAGGGGAAAUCACUAUAACAUGUCAUUUCUAUAUUUUUAAAUCAUGUGCAUUAAGUUCUGUACCAAUAUUUGGCUCCAGGAUUGUCUCCAAAUUAAAACAUGUUAAUAGAUUAAUCAUGUGGGAAUAAUUAGAUAAUUAAAUUUUCCAAAAAUGAAUAUAAAUAAAAAAUAGUUCUAAAACAGGGGGGGGGGGGAAUACCUUCAGAUAUAUUGGUGGUAGAUGAAACUUAUAGUCUAGUAAAGAGGUCCCCAAUCCACAGACUGGCACCGUGCCACGCAAGCGACGCUCCAUCCACGCACAUAUAGGAUCCAGGCAGGGCGCAAAACCAUGCCCUGCCGGUCUGGAAAAAAUGCCUUCCACGGAACCAGUCCGUGGUGUCCAAAAACUUGGGGGGCCUCUAGUCUAGCAGAUCUCAUGGAUAUGCAAGGGAAGUUUACCCUAUCAGCACAGCAAAGGAGCAAUGCCUCUUUAGAUAAGUCCAUAUGCCAUAACUUGUUUCAUUAAUCAGGGUCAUCUUCACUCUGCUUUUUCUAAAUUAACACUUUGGUAUUUAAAAAAAAUCCAGUAGCUUCUAAUUAAUCAACCACUGCAAUAAAUGUAGUGAUUAAGCUGAACUUUGCUCUUAAAUUUACAGUUGGAAUUUGUGUUAACUCAGAAGUUCUUGGUCUGAUCUGCAAGUUCUGUUCAAGAGACUUGUGGAAAUGUAGUGUAACACUGAAGACUAUCUGAACUAGAUCUUGCAUUUGAUUUAAUUUUUCUGAUCAUGGUGAUCAAGGCCAUUUUAUUCUGGGUUGGAUUAUGAAACAGGCUAACACAACCUGGUCCAGGUUUCUGCUUUUCAAAAUAGAAUACUGCUACAGGUUACUGCAUUUAGUAAUUAAAGGGACUCUUAACAGCCUAACCUUAUUCCCAUUAUUUGUAAAAGCAUUGUUUCUGAGGAUGCUAGUACUAAAUAAAAAGGUUUAUUCAAAUAUGGGUUAUGUACUUCAAUUGGUAGAAAAUUAAUUGGGAUCUUAUGAACCAUUUAAUUUAUUUCAAUUUGUGUGGCUAACCACUCUGAUUUUUUACUUCUUCAGAAAGUAUUUUUACAUAUCUGCUACAAACUGCAAUACCAUCUAGCUUAGUUAUAGUUUAGACUGAUCCAGAACAAUUAAUAUUCUAUCCCACUUCUAUUUUCCUCUGAUGCCUAUUUGAUGCAUCAGAACAGUUGUAUUUGUAAACCGUAUAGCAGCUUUUUUAUAAUUUGCAUAUUGUGUUCCUCCUUAAGUGAAAUACUUUGGAAAACUUGCUCUUUUGCUUUUUUUCUUUGGGAACAGAACAUAUCUUGUUUUGUUCUAGCUGUGUUUGCACUAAAGUUUGUAUUGGAAUACGGAGUCCCUUAGUUUUGCUUAUGUGUCUUGUAUCAGUGGGUAGUUUUCUUAGUUUCUUAACCAGUUGCGACAGUAUAUUCUUUUCCAUGGCAGCAAAUGUAAGGUGACAAACUUCAAAGCUGCAUAUACAAGAAAGUUAUAUUGUAAGCCAACAGUAACCAGUUUAUCCACAUAUGUGUUUUUCUUCUGCUUGGUGUGCCUUGUUACAGCUUUUUGUGUGUGUGUGUGCAAAUAAAGUACAAUAUUUUCAAUUUUA